CUUCAAGGAACACAAAUCCAACAUACCCAAUGUUCUUACCGGCAGAUGAUCCGUUUUACAAUCCAAAUCCAAAUACUACAUCUCCAUACCAACUUAAUGUACCUUUUUUACCGGUUAAUCGAUCUGAUGGAAAUAAUAACACUGAUCCAGCAACGCGAAAUCCUCUUCUUAGUGGAAUAAACCUUGUAACUCCUUUUCUUGACCUAAAUACUAUUUACGGACUGAGUGAUCAGGACGCAAUAGAAAGGCUUAGAGACACAUCUACCAAUAAAGGAAAGUUGAAGACGUAUAUUUUUAACGGCCAAGAAUUUCCUCCAAAAAAUACCUCGGAUGAUUCAUAUAUUUGGGGUAUUCCUAGACGUGCAUUUACUAUAUUUACUUUGGCUAUCCAGACGAUUUGGAUACGCGAACAUAAUCGAUUAUGUGAAGAAUUAUAUCAACAAUACGGUAGUUCCUGGACUGAUGAACAAUAUUUUCAGGAAGCUAGACGUUGGACUACUGCUUUCUACCAAAAAGCU